GGACGGACAGGUUGUCGGUAUGAUUACGAGCGGCGAUGAGGACAUUACAGAGGGAUAUGCCGUUCCCUACAACCAUAUGAUGAAGGAAUUCAUUGAAAGAGGGAUUGAUUUUGACAAACGACACGAUAAUGAGAUGAUAUCCAAAGCACUUGAAGAGAGACACGAAGUAACAUCUCAACGAUCGCUGGGUAUAUGCGUCCGCCCGAAACGAUGGGGUCGUUAUUCCCGAGUCCUAGUUGUGGAUCAAGUUAUGGGGAAUCGGGUGGUUGUCGGUGAAACCCAAUUCAUUCCGGGAGAUGAUGUGAUCACUGAAGUGAAUGGAAAUGCCGUCGAUUCUGUUGAAAGGUUGAGUCAAUCGAUAACUGGGACAACCACUGAAACUGUUGACCUAACUGUCCGUCGCUUUAAUGAUGAUACCGGCGAUUACGAUACCAUUACCCUUAUAGUCAAACCUGAGCCCAUAACCAGUGAUCCGGUUCAUCCCAAAGAGCUGCCGGAGUUCUUCGAUUCCUCCAAAUAUGCAGACGAAGAGCUGAUGGUUGAGCCACACGUUCACGAGUCGGAGACUGAAGACCCCAAUAAUAAUGAUGGCGUUCCGGACGAAGAGAUGACGGCUUUCUUCAGAUAUAUGGAUAACAUGUACUUCAGAGGCAGGCUAUACGAGAGAGGGGUCCGGAUAAAGGUGUCGACGAGACUGAAGAAGAAUUGGACCCGAAUUGUGAAGACAACGAACUCGUAUGAGAUCCGUAUGACUGAUAUAUUGGUUGAUAAUGACCACAAACAUGAUAUGCCUGACUAUGUCUUGGAUGCUAUGAUCAAAGUGAACGGAAUGAUCGCUCGGGCAGAGGGUAUGACUACCGGUGCUGACGACUUGGGCGACGAAGAACUCGAAAAACUAAUCCUCAAAACCGAGAAGAUGUCGCUCGCGGCCGAAACACUGGAGGAAAUGGAUCCCAAGCCGUGUAUCAAUGAAUUGUUCCGGAGAUACGACAAGAGGUUCUUCGAUGGAUUGCUUCACGGGAAUGAUGUGGACGUCGGAUGGAGUUAUCAAAUGAAACGGAGCGCCGGUAUUACGUACGCCGAUCGGGGCGAUCGACCCAUUAUUAUACGGUUGUGUCGACGCCUCCUAUUUAGAUCCCCGCGAAGAGAUCUCGUGGAGACACUCCUCCAUGAGAUGAUUCACGCCUGGAUGCUCAUACAUGGCGUGGAAGAGGAUAAUGGAGGGCACGGAAGGGUUUUCCACAAGAAAAUGGAUGAACUGAACCGCGAAACGGGUCUAAACAUAGCCGUCGGACACAAUCUUCCGGAUAUCGAUCCCAACGAUGAUAUGAAUCGGUUUGAAAAGACGCGA